GAGAUCGUCGUCACAACUCGUAGUAAAUAUCCGAGGCCAAACCACAAGGUCAGUCUAACUCCGCGUACUUUAUUCCCAAGCUCGCCGGCUCGCUCUAGGGCGUGUCUUCCUGCGAGGAACGCGCGCGCACUAUUUUUUGAGUGUGUACGGUAGUACGGUGCGCCGAUAUAAAGGCUCCCCGCGUGCGAGCCGGUAUUUACAAACUGUACGUAUUGUGCUGUUGUACACUUGGGGGCCCCACUGGCUGCCUGGACCACGAGUCUGCUUGCCUGUCUCCACGAUGACGGUUCUCAUCUUCGAUAACACGUCGUCUGCUGCCGGAGUAUCAGUGAUGGACAAAUCUCAAGUUCGAAAGAAUUUGUCGGAAGAAGAAAACGAAUUAAAAAUUGUAACGGGAUCUGCGGUUCGGACGAAGUGUUUGAUGAGUAAGGGACACGGAGGAGGAGGAUCUUUCUUGUGUGUGGAGGAUGAGUGUUCGGAGAAAUUAAUUUGUGGCGGGAAUGGAGUGGACAGUGUGAGAAUCGAUCACCCGUACGCGUUAUCGAAUGUUAACGAGCGUUCGGACUUGGCUUCUCUGAUGGAAACGUGCGAGCUGGAUGCGGACUUCCUAAAGGAGGCCGUCAACGACAAAGAGAGCUUCCAGCACUUUCUGGAUGAUGUCAUCAACGACUACGACGUACCGGCAGACGACAUUGUCCUUGGACUCCUCGACGAAAGUGUCAACGGGCACCGAGUGUCGGCCAAGUCGCCCUAUCAGCCAGCGCCGUCCCUCAACUCCUGCAUCUUCUCCACGGCAGGGUCCACGGAGACCAAGCUCUGCUCCAGCGUGUCCUCCUCCUUCCCGAUGACCACCUGCUCCUCCCAGUGGAUGAAACAGGCCGACCUCUUCCGGACAACCUUCGCGGUGGCGGCGACAACCUUCGCGGUGGCGGCGACAACAACUGUAACCCUUUCGUCUACAACUGUUCUCCCUUCGUCCUCGUCUUCCUCCACGUUCACAAUGUCUUCAGCCACCGAGAAGAAGAGCGAAUUGCAAGAUUCUCUUCUGGACGAAGACAUAGAUGACACUUCAGUGACAGUUAGUCUCAGUGCCGACGACGACGACGACAGGUUCGACUGGUCGGUGGGGUCAUCUUUGGUACCAGACGCCGCAGACCUGAAGGCGACGAUAGACGAUAAUAACAACGUUUUCGCUGCGGAACAGAAGGAAGUCUGCGGGGACUGUCUGUCGGUGUCGGUUUCUCACCAAAUUUCCAACGGUGUGUGUCUCUUGUGCUCCGCUGCCAGACUGAUGAAGGCCAAGGACAGCUGCAGUUGCCAGGGGCCAGACUACUUCAGCUCCGGUCCGCUCCGUCUGGGGAUCCCUGACCUAUCGCCAGGAAACCCUUCGCCAGGCGGCGGAAAAAGAAAAAGUGAAGCUGAUGACGAUGAUAGCUCGUGUCUUGAUAACGACUCUGCCUGGAAGCGAGCGAGACUUUGCGGGGAGGUUUCCGAGGGCUCUUCUGUGGAAUUCUCCUCUGCGGGGGGCUCGGAGACUGGAGGGGUGCUCGAUCAUGUCACGGUGUCCUCCACCCGGGACUGCCAAGAACGCCCCAACCCAGACGAAGAAAAAUGCAUGGACAGCAAGAAAGAUCAUCUCCUGGACAUUCUGUGGCUGUUCCACCCGGACACUUCGGUGUCAGAAGAUUCCCUGCCGCUCAUGACCGAGCAACGGUUUCUGUGACCUCUUCGUGAAACUUUUCCACGAAAUUUCCCUCCCCCUGACCUCCCGGCUACUCUAGAUCUGUCCUCCCUUCCGUUGAGAUUGUUUUGGCUGUGAUAUUUCCGUGAUAUACGUCCACAUACGAACUAUGCUUUUUCAGGGGCAAGUGUUAAUAAUGACAUCCUCGCCUUCUCUCAUCAGUCUUUUUCUUUCUCUCUCUCUCACCUUUCUCUCUCUCUCACACACACACACACAAAGAAGAGAAUCAGGGACCUCAAGAGAACUGACUGGGGGCAAGGAGUAGUAGUUUUGGUCUCUUGCUGUCCGGUCAGACAGUCCCCAACACCAUCGUUAAUUAUUCGUGGAAAAUUAGUUUUUUUUAUUUGGACUUUUUUUGGUGGUGGGUGGGUAGACUACUGUUUUCAUCACCUAUAAAAUAGACUGGCGAGACGUUUUGUAGAAAAAACAAACAAAAAGCCUGCUUUUGGUUGUGUGAUAUUUGACUACAUACCAGUGUCUUUGGUAUUGUUCGCAGUGUAUCUUUGAUAUCAAAUGCCUUUCAAUUUUUUGUAAGGUUUUGUCUGUUUUGUGAGAUUUUGAUUCGACUUCAUUGUUGUCUAAUUUGUUGCCUAAAUACUUGUUCUACUUUCCCUUGCAAGAGCAGAGAGAACUCGGCCUGCUUACUCGUUUGUGUUUUGGGUAGGAACAUUAAAGAACUUCUUUAAAGUGCUUGCAUAUGUAA